UAAUUGUGGCUUCCUCUAAUCUAGAUCAAGCAUUAUCAAGCAUUUACCUCUUUGGGCUCAGUAGUUCAGAGAACUCUAUACCAAAUGCAUCUAUCAUUACUUUUUUUCCAUGUGCCCUUUUUUAUUGAUAUAUAAGAUAAAGUAGCCGGUGUCUUAUAUAAAGUUCUUUCAAUUAUCAGGGUAAAUUCAAUCGAAAGAAAUUUAUUUUUCUAUAAGCUUGUUUAAUGUCCAUUAGAAACCAGAGGUAGAGAAUUUUAUCUUAAUUCUAGAAGUAUUUUGAAUGACUCAAAUAUGAUUUGAAGGCUGUUCUAUUUUAUCACUCAAAGGUUUAAAGACAAGUGCACAUAAGUAAACAUAUUUUGGGGGGGGGAUCAGAACAAGGAUGGAGCACUCUAAUCAGAAGACUAAUUUAGGAAACAUAAGAUGCAUAAACUGUUAUAAAAGAUGCAGUAGAUGCAUGAUUAGGCUUAUUAUCCAAUUAUGUUCAUCUCCCAUAAUGGAUAACAUUACUGGAGUGGAAUCUUUUCUCUCUGCUAAUAAAUAAAAUAUAACAUUUAAAAUAAAUUUAAUACAGGAUUAUCAGUAUCACUGGAAGUCUCACAGAAGGUACAUCAACUCUGUUCUGUAGCUUCAGAAUUUUACUGUAAAUAAUGUGCAGUGAAUAUAGGUUUAUGGUGUUCACAGAGGAAUUCAACCAGAAGAAUGGGUAUAGUAAUAAAAGUUGUAGUGAGCAGUUGAAGCUUGUAGAAUUUCAAGUACAGGUAGUCCUCAAUAACUCUUUUGCUAAGAGUCACAAUUGGAAAUCAUGUGCCUAACUUAAACAUUACUUCACGUUCACUCAAUAAAUGAAAUAUCAUAAGACACUUCAACAGUCAUAAAUGUGGGGAUGUGGCAAGGCACAUAUACACAUACAUACAUCCUCAUAAUUUGAAUGAUCACUAAACAUAGAAGCUGAAACAUGGGAGCCAGUAAGCAAAGACUACCUGUACAUCCUCUUAUGGUUCACAUCUUGAUGCCAACAAACUCAGGUCAGGAGUGAGAUGGGGCCAGUGAAACAGUUAAAAGAAAAGCAAUAGCAAACAAUUUAAUCAAAGUAUAAUAUGCUGUUAUAAUAUAUGUUCAAAAGACAUACAUUUCAUCUGUAUUUCCUACCUGCUUAUUAAGUUCUCUUUGCGACUUCAAAUUUGAAAGUUUUCCCUACAAAGGGGGCGGGGGAUUCUCAUCAGGCUUGCUUGGCAUUAGAAACUUAGAAAUCAAGAUCUCAAGAGGUACAAAAUGUUUCUUUGGUCAUUUUCCAAAAAAUGGAACUUUUAGAAAAUGACCAAGGAAACAUUUUGUACUACUUGCAGAUUUUGUACCACUUGAAAUCUUAAUUCCAUUUAUCUGAGAAAUGGAUGAGGAGAUAUAUAUGGGACAAAUAUUACUGGAUUACAAACAUUGCACCUGUUUGUUUCAAAUUUGGUUUGUCAAAUCAAUUAUGAUAAUCAUAACCAUAAACCAUCAUUACUAAUCCCAAUCCUUGGGUAAACACAUCAUGGUUAGUCAGGUUCAAACAAAUAAAAAAAUGUAAAGGGAAAAAGGUGCUCUGGAACCUGCUGUGAUGCCCAAUUGCAGUUAAAAGUUGCAGGGGUUUGCCAACAAGAGCUACAUGUGCAUCCAAUCUUCACUUCAGACAUCUUUCUCCCUUUGACUAUGUCCAAUUUGCCAGGUCGUCGUGGAAUGGGAACUGCCAAAUAGGAAAUCUCAACAAUUGCAGGCUGGAUUGAGACGCUGAAUAAAAGGGGGAGGGACCUUCGGGGUGGGAGGCUUUCUUAUUCCAUAGAUCCCCACAAGAAGCCUUUCCCUUCAGCCCCACUGAUUUCAAUCCUGUUAGGAGCAAAUGCGAGAGCUGGGGAGGAAGAGAUGAGGAAAGAUCUGUUGAGGAAACACAACUUUCCAGGAGUUCAGUGUCACAAGACAGCAGGCAGCGAGACUGGUCAGAAGGUUCCCGAGCAAGACAGAGCCCUAACCGUCUUUCCCCACACAGUCGAGCAAAGUGAAGAAACAGUCAUCAGUGGGGCGGAAUAACCGCGCUGGAAGCCUGUUGGAAAAGCUGCUCUAAAGUUGGCGAAGAGACAAGAGGAGCCGCAGCGCCCAGACGGUGCCGGAGCGAGAUGGGCCCCAGAGGCGGGCGGUGCUCAACGAGAUGCCUCACUCAAAGCAAAGAAGCAGCGGCGGAACACGGGGGAGCGUUUCGCUCGAGCUUUUGCAUCUUCUUCUUCGUCAGGCGGCCAAGGCUGCGCGCGGAGGUUUGGCCAACGGGAACGUUUCCCGUCAAACGUUCCCCGAGUGGAUUAUAGUUCCAUUCUGGUGGGCUGCGCGUGGCGGGAAACGGCCACGGCUAAGUGGAAGUCGCCCUCCGGGUGCGUCGCCGAGGGCGAAGUGAAUGAGGAGGGCGGGAGUUCAAAGGCUCGGAAGGCGAAAUUUUCCUCGGCGUUUCCCUCAGAGAGACGGCUGGAGUUCAAGGGGCGAGACAGAGAAAGAGCCCGAGAAACAACUGCUGCGUCGCGGCUGAGCGACCGGCGACCUCUGCUCGGCGUGGGCAUGACGGCUUAGGAGGAGGAAAGUAAGGCUGGGCUCGGAAGAGAGACGCCCGUUUCGGUCCCGCCACAGUGGCUCCCCGCGCGGCACCGUAGGCCGCUCUCUCUUCUGCCCCCCGAAAUGCAUAUAAAUCUCGCGGGCCUUUUCGCUAUUUUCUCUUGCAGGCUCUGGGCACGUGUCUGUGUCGAGAUGGCAUCCAAUUAAAGGAAGGCGCGUUAAGGCGAGGUCUGCGUUUCUCGGACAAAGGUCAGCUUGCGUCGGGGUUGGGCUGCUUAGACAAAAGACCGGAGAGCCGCUUUCUUCUACCGGGAGCAACGUUUUUGGGGGUAGAGUUGCUGGGAAGUUCUGUCGAACGGGUGCUGCGGAAACCGCCCUUUUCGGAUUGCCCAUUGCACGAAGCCCGAUGAACGGAUGUGGCGCUCCGGUUUGAGCUGGGGGAAGUUAACUAAAUUCAGUUGCAGUUUCUCCAAAUGACAUGGUGAGAACUGAAUGAUUGCAGAUUCACUAGCUUCUAAUACAUUCUUUCCAAAGUGCCUGUUGUCAUGAGGUGUUCCCUGAAACGAUCACUUGCAACAGCCUUUUCUCUCUGUGUGUUCCUACUCAUCAUGUAUCUGGCUUCUUGGCACCAUGAAGAUCUUGUGAUGAAUGAUGUUCAGAAGUGGGCUCAAACAGUGGGUCUGCACCCUAUUGCAACUGACUGGACCGUUUCUAGCCUCCGAAUGUUUAUCAAUGCCACCAACACACUGAAUAUCUCUUAUGACUACCUUGUUGGGUCGCCUCCACUCCAGAAAAAGUUUCUGACAUUAGGACUCUGUUCUGUCAAGCGGAUGAGACAGGACUAUCUCCUGAAUACCCUGACAUCCAUCUUUGAACAAUCUUCUGAAGAAGAGAUGAAGGAAAUGGUGGUAGUGGUACAUUUAACAGAUCCAGAUCAUAAGUGGAAUUCUCAAAUGGCAUUGGAAAUUGCCAGAAGUUUUCCUAAUCAGCUCCAUCAGAGAAACCUAGUGGUUAUCCACACACGUCUUGAGUAUUACCCUCCCUUGGAAGGUCUAAAAAGGAAUUUUAAUGAUCCUGAGGAUCGGGUGCGCUUUCGAUCAAAACAGAAUGUUGAUUAUGCUUACCUCAUGAACUUUGCAUCCAACCUCUCCACCUACUACCUCAUGAUUGAGGAUGAUGUCCGUUGUACCAAACACUUCCUCACAGUAAUCAAAAGAAAUCUGGCAUCCCAGGAGGGCACCUCUUGGGUCACUCUGGAAUUUUCCAAACUUGGUUACAUUGCCAAGCUCUACCGUUCUACUGACCUCCCCCGGCUUACUCGAUUCCUCAUGCUCUUUUACCAAGAGAUGCCUUGUGAUUGGCUUUUUGUGCAUUUUCGUCUCCUGCUUACACAAAAGGAGGAAAUUCGUUUCAGGCAAUCCCUUUUCCAGCAUGUUGGUCACUAUUCCUCCUUCCAGGGCACACUAAACAAACUGGAAGAUGAAGACUUUGAAGAGGAUUUCUCUAAGAUCCCUGACAAUCCUCCAGCAGAUAUAAUAACCGAUAUUGCAACAUUUCGGAAUUCUAUCCCCAGUAAGGCUUACAGUAGUGUGAUAGGCUACUUUUGGGGUAAGGCCCCUUCUGUUGGCAACUCCUUCACGCUUAUCUUUAAAAAGGCUGCCCCCAUCUUCCGCAUCCAGAUCCAUACAGGCUCUAAGGAGUUCCCAGAAAGCUAUCUCCAUGAAGGGCUUGUAGCAUUGGGCACUAAUAAAUUGCAAACAUUACGACCAAGGUGUGCUAAUUAUAUCACCAUUGGGCACUUUACCAAAGGAAUUUUUGACAAGCAGAACCUAGAGAAUAGUAUCACCUCUGACACUGUUUGUGUGCAGAUUUUGGUAACUAACACUCAGAGUGAGUCAUUGAUCAUAAGUAACAUAAGCAUCUGGAUCAAGCCUAAAGCCUGACUUCAUUUGAAGGAUUAGGAUCUCUUGCAGUAUAAGAACAUUACUUGCAGAUAGAUCCUUUCUGGAGAGAAGACUCCAAGAUGCAGUGGAAGAAGUCAGUUCUGUGUUCUCAGUCCUAAUGAUGAUAUAUUUGUGUUCUAUUACCUUAUAACAUAAGAGGCCACUAACAAUGUUCUUCAAAAGAUGGCUACAACUGGCAUUGUCUUCUGCUUGUCAAAGACCCUCCUUUUCCAAUUGAAUGUUUCCAGGAUUAUUUUGUAUCAAUCUCUUUUCCCCCACAACAAGAGAGUUCUGUAGCUCUAUAUGAAAAAAACAGUAAGAUAGGACCCGAUCAUGGCCUGUUAGGAACCGGACUGCAUAGUGUGGUUCCUAACACAGGAACCGCAGCGAGAAGCGAGUGAAAGUGAAACUGUACUUGCAUGGGAUCUAGUUUGUUUUCUCCAUCUCCCCCCACCCCUUCUCAGUUCUUGGAAAAAUUGUCUUCCACAAAACUGGUCCCUGGUGCCAAAAAGGUUGGGGAUCACUGAGAUAGGAAGCUGAAAUAAGUUCAGCUGGUAGUAUCAUAAACAACUUUCUGUUUCUGCUAUUCAAGCUUUAAAUGAUAGUUUGGAAAGAUGAAGGUGAUGUGAUAAAAGUUCCUUGAAGCAAAAUGUAUAACUUAAGAUCUGUUAACUUCUAAAUUAAACUCAAGGAUCUGCUCUUUGGCUUCAGAAAUAGCUUGUUCUAGCUCCAUCACUGUUAGUACUUGAAUUGAGGAGCCACAUAAAGAAAAAUGCUUGUGUUUGUGUGCAGGGAUUUGUAAUAAGGAUUUAAAUAUAUCUAUAGGAGUAAGUAGGGCCAAUGAGUCAUUUCUGUAGUUUUCAUCCUUGCUACACGGCCUUGCAAAUGACAGGACAAUAAGUGAUUCAGGUGGGUAACUAACUGUUCACAGUUACAUGAAGUAAUUUUUACAGAAGUGCAAUCUUUUUCUUAAAACUAUAGGAACAAUAUUUUGUACAUCUGAAGAAAUAUUUUUAGAUUUUUUCUUAACAAAAUGUGUGCAAACACAUAUUUAAUGAAUCUAAUUUAAAAUUUUGAUUGCAUAAUAUUUUACAUAAAACGCUGACUGAUGAAUGUAAUUUAAACAGCUGUCCCAUAAUCUAAUAUAGUUUUUUCCAACCUUGGUCCUCCAGAACUCAUAUCAUUCAGAUAAAAAAAGGCUUGAACCUCAGUCAAGAAAGUAACUUGAGAAAAUAUCUCACACAAAUCCAUUAUUUAGUUCAGGUAGCGAUAGACAAGAGGGAGAAUGAAGCACAUUCAGACUUGAAUUCUGUUGUUAUACCUUUACAAUAAAAUAAUGCUGACCUAUAUGGUAUUUCUGGAAACAGAGGGAUUUAAAGUUUAAUAUAUUUUGGUUUGGUUUUUUUACAGUGAAUUGGUAUUUAGUUGAUUUGAUUGAUAGAUAAUAGAUUUUAUAAAUGACAUAUUUGUUAAGAAAAUGUGAUGUAAAAUAGUAAUAUACAACAUACAAGUACAGGUAUAGAUGAAAAAUGUAUUUGUAGACCUGCAAUGCAAGAGAUUGAAUUUAUUAGAUUUGUGUGAGAUACAAGCUGUUAACUGUUAAUGCCCCCAAAUAUAUUAAACUUCAAAGCCCUCUGUUAA